AUGGCCGCGGUUACUCGCGAAGUUGAAGCUUGGAACAGUAAUCUUAACACUUCUUUACAAGAAGAAGAUAAGGAGAUUUAUGAUUUAAUUCAAAAAGAAAAGUAUAGACAGUUCUCUGGUCUGGAAUUGAUUGCAUCUGAGAAUUUUACCUCUCUUUCUGUUAUGGAAGCAAAUGGGUCACCAUUGACAAAUAAAUAUUCUGAGGGUCUUCCAGGUGCUCGUUAUUAUGGUGGUAACGAAUAUAUCGAUCAAGUUGAAAAUCUAUGUCGCAAAAGAGCUUUGCAAGCUUUCCAAUUAAAUUCAGAAGAAUGGGGUGUAAAUGUACAACCUUAUUCAGGAAGUACCGCGAAUUUUUGUGCUUUAACAGCUCUGCUUCAACCUCACGAUCGAUUGAUGGGCUUAGAUUUACCCUCGGGAGGGCAUUUGACUCAUGGAUGGCAAACCUCAAAGAAAAGAAUUUCAUCAUCUUCAAUAUAUUUUGAAUCAAUGCCUUAUCGUUCUAAUCCGGAAACUGGAUACAUUGAUUAUGAUAAACUCGAAGAAAAUGCCAAUCUUUUCCGCCCCAAACUAAUUAUCUGUGGUGCGAGUGCAUAUCCACGUGACUUUGAUUACGUCAGACUUAGAAAGAUUGCCGAUCAACAUAGUGCAUAUUUAAUGGCAGAUAUUGCACACAUUAGUGGUUUGGUUGCAACUCGUGAAGCAAAUAAUCCUUUUGAAUUAUGUGAUGUUGUCACAACAACUACACACAAAACUCUAAGAGGACCUCGUGCUGGCUUGAUUUUUUUCAGAAAAAAAAAAAAUGAAGAUUUGGAAAAUCGCGUAAACAAUGCAGUUUUUCCUUCUAAUCAAGGAGGGCCACAUAAUAAUACCAUUGCUGCCGUUGCAGUUGCCCUUAAGCAGGUAGCCACUCCUGAAUUUAAACAAUACGCCAAACAAGUUCGUGCUAAUGCUAAAGCUUUAGGUGACGCACUUUUAAGUCAUGGUUACAAAUUAGUGACAGAUGGGACGGACAAUCAUUUAAUCCUUUGGGACUUGAAACCUCUUAAAUUAACUGGUAGUAAAGUUGAGAAGAUUUGUGAUAUGGUCAAUAUAACACUUAAUAAAAACUCUGUCCUCGGUGACGUAAAUAUGGUUUCUCCAGGUGGUGUACGUAUUGGUACGCCCGCUUUGACAUCGAGAAGUUUUAAAGAAGAAGAUUUCGUGAAGGUGGCUGAGUACUUGCAUCGUGUGGUACAAAUUGCCGUUCAGGUCCAGGAAAAAGCAGGUAGCAAAAUGAUGAAAGAUUUUGUUGUCGCAUGUCAGGAUGUCGAAGAAAUUUCUGCUCUAAAAAAAAGAAGAUUUGAUCCAACCAAUAUUUCUCCUGUUGAAAGUUAA